UAAAUACUUAAAUACUCUACGCCGGCACACUCGCACGCACGGAGAGAGCUCCACAGACAGCUUCGACAUUAAAUCCAUCACCGAAUCCAUUACCUACAUCUAGUCUCGGUGCGAUCGCAAAACUGUUGAAGAAUACCUAGUUGCCUCGAUCACACUGCAGCUAUGACGGAGCACAAAGUCGAGCUCUAUGUCUACGAUCUUUCCCAAGGUCUCGCUCGGCAAAUGUCCAUGCAAUUCCUCGGGAUCCAAAUCGACGCUGUCUACCACACGUCGAUCGUAGUCUUCGGGCGGGAAUAUUACUAUGGCGCUGGAAUCCAAUCCAGCUUGCCGGAGCGCACGCACCACGGGGCACCGAUGGAGAUCAUCCCGCUCGGCACGACCUCGCUCCCGCAAGAGGUUGUUCUCGAGUAUCUGGACAGCAUGAAACAGGAGUACACGCCGGAAUCUUACGAUCUGUUCCUGCACAACUGCAACAACUUCACGGCGGACUUGACCAUGUUCCUGUGUGGAGUCGAGAUCCCGGAGAAGAUCAAGAAUCUGCCGCAGGAGGUGCUGAAUACGCCGUUUGGGCAGAUGAUGAGACCCGUGUUGGAGAGCCAGUUGAGGCCGAUCACGCAGGCUGCUCCACCACCGGAGCCGCAGCCGCAGAGGAUGCAGGCGCCGAGUAGAGUGAAGACUGUUACGAGCAUCACUGAGUUCGAUGAGAUUCUGAAUAGUGCGCCCUGUGUGGUUGCGUUCUUUACAUCCUCCAGAUGUCCGCCGUGUACAGUCGUCUACCCGCAUUUUGAGCAGUUAGCAGCGGAGGCGGGGGAGAAGGGCGUGUUCGUUAAGGUCGAUAUAGGUGUUGCCGGACAGCUCGGGAGUAAGUAUGGGAUCUCUGCUACACCGACGUUUAUCACCUGGUCCAAAGGUGAACAGCUGGAUCUCUGGAAAGGUGCUUCGCCGGCGGAUUUGAAGAGGAACGUGGAGAUGCUCAUGGCAGUGACUUAUCCAGCGCACCCGCACACACAACUCAGCAUCCCAACCACCCUCUCACUCGCCAACACCUCCAUCCGCAACCGCGUAGUCUUCAGCAAGCUCCCACCGCUCGAAAAAGUAGCCAGCAAGCUCGGGCCCAUCGCCGCGGACCCGGCAGUGAGUUCACUGAUUGAUUUCCUGCGGCAUCGGGCCUCCGAAGGAGCCGUCAACGCGCCAAUCCCCGACGAGCCACGGUGGUCGGUGUUCCUCCAGAAUUCAAUCGCCACGCUCCCCGAGGACACGCUGUUCCCACUCGUGGAUCUACUCCGAGCCUCGCUCGUGGACCCGCGGGUAUCGGGCUGGUUCGCAGAGGAAAAGGGCCACGCCACAAUCAAGACCCUCCUCGACUACGUCACGACACACGACGACGCCCCAUACAGUCUCAAGCUCGUCACUACGCAGUCGCUGUGCAAUCUCUUCACGUCCCCCCUGUUUCUGCGACACCUCACCACCCCGCCGCUCUCAACCCUGUUGAUCUCAGUGAUCACCUCGUUCCUCCUCGAGCCCGCCCACGCAACCCUCCGAGUCGCCGCUGGCAACCUGGCAUUCCUCCUCGCCUCGCACGUGCAACAAGCUCGGUCCACCCGCAGCGAGGAAGUUCUGAGCGAAGAGGAGCUGGUCGAGCUGGCGGCGGCGGCCAUCGAGGGGUUGAAGGGGGCCGAUGAGAGUGAGGGUAGGUUGCUGGCAUUGAGUCUCGCGAUGCUGCUGUAUUGUGCACCGAUGGAGGGGACGAAGGAUCUCGCUGCCGCACUCGGCGCGGGCGAAGUGUUAGACACGAGGAGAAAGGCGGCAAAGGGUGAGAAUGCGAGGCUCUUUGCGGAGGUGGGGAGGUUGGUGGGCGUUUGAGGGGGGAUAAGAGAUACAUGAUACCUUUGUGUUUUGCGUUACUUUAAUAGAUGUGA